CUUCUCCAACUGCUCAUUCCAACUAACUUUGCUCUUUAUUUUUAGUGGGGUUAGUUAGGUCAGUAAAUUUGGGUUCUGGUGACCUUGAUUUUUUCUGUUAUUACGAGUUGAGUAUUUAAUAAGGAGGAAGAGCAACCAUAGAGUAGCUCACAUCCUUCCAAUUUUUUCAGUUUCAUACAACAUUAUAAGUUACACUUACAGUACUAGUCAGUGGGGCGAAUUGUAAAAAUACCGUUUAGUUCAUUAUGACUUUAUAUGGGUCAUUUGAAACAAGUUUUAAGAAAAAAUAUCGUAUGAAUAUUGUGGACGUGGCACACGCUCAAACUGAAUGCGUAAUAUUUCUUUUCCGUAUCCUUGCUACAAACUAUAGGCCUAAGCUCUACAAUCUACACUACAGUGACUAUCAGUAUCAAUAAAUAUUUUAAUUUUUUGUUAUAGCAAAAACCAAAUGGCGCAUCAUUAUCAACUAGUAUCGAUAAUAUGGUUAAUAAAAACCUAAUAGUUGUACUUAUAUAAGUUAUAUCGUAAACUGUAUAUCUAAUUUUACAACUAAAGUUAGUAGGCCUAGUAGUAGUACUAGUAGUAAAUGGCAGAUGACAAAUAUUACAUUUACUUUGAAAAACUUACUAACGUGGUGCCUUCUUUUGUGUGUUCUUGUUUUAUCAGAACACCAGUGAAUAGUAUGUACUUGUAACUUAAAAGUAGUUAAAUCAGUGAUUUAUUAACUUUUAAGCCAGUUCCCCCAUUAACAAUGAAUGACUGACAGUGACAGCAACACGUGCUUUCUACCCAGUCAAAAAUGGCAGUAUCAACUCAAAAAGGAACAAAUCAAAACAUGGUUUUAACAGAAAAAUGCAAAAUUCCAGAUACGAACGUUAGAAGAUCUCGGGAUUUUUUGGUGAAAUCAUUUGUAGCAGGUGGUGUAGCAGGUUUGUGUUCAAAGACAGCAGUUGCUCCUUUGGAUAGAAUUAAGAUCCUUCUACAAGCCCACAACAAUCAUUAUAAACAUCUAGGUGUUUUUACUGGUCUUAGAAGAAUUGUGAAAAUAGAAAGUUUGCUAGGACUGUACAAAGGUAAUGGGGCUCAAAUGAUACGGAUAUUUCCAUAUGCUGCUAUUCAGUUUUUGUCUUUUGAAAUCUACAAAAAGUCACUUCGGAAUUUUCUUGGACAUGCCUCUCAUCUCAGCAAGUUUGCUGCUGGUUCUAUGGCAGGAGUUACAGCUGUCUUGUGUACCUAUCCCUUGGAUAUUGUCAGAGCCCGACUUGCUUUUCAAGUUGCAGGAGAUCAUAUGUACAAUGGUAUCUUGCAUACUCUAGUGUGUAUAUUCAAAUCAGAAGGUGGAAUUAGAGCACUUUACAAAGGACUUUCUCCUACCAUCAUGGGUAUGAUACCAUAUGCAGGGUUAUCUUUUUACGUUUUUGAGAGACUUAAAGUACUAUGUUUGGAAUACUUUCCUACAACUUGUGGCCGUCCAUGUCCCCGUAACACUGGGGGAGUAGUACUUAUUGUUCCAGCCAAACUGCUAUGUGGAAGUUUUGCUGGGGCUAUUGCACAGAGUGUUUCUUAUCCUUUGGAUGUUACCAGACGAAGGAUGCAGUUGAGUAUGAUGAGUCCAGAAACUCAGAAGUUCAGUAAAAGUUGGUUCUCAACUCUAUUUCUUAUAUUCAAAGAAGAUGGUAUCAUGAAAGGACUUUAUCGUGGAAUGAGUAUCAACUACCUACGUGCUGUACCUAUGGUAGCUGUUUCAUUUUCUACAUAUGAACUGAUGAAACAGUACUUAGGAUUGGAUACAGGACUUGAUUCUUGACCAGAAGUAACAUCUUAGUGAAGGUUUAGCUUUUAUUGUUUGCAAAAUGUCUUUCAGAAAGUAAUCUUUACCACUUGAUAAAUUUGAUGUCCUCGUAUGUAACCAACCACUUGAGACUUUUAUUUAAGUUACAUUUCAUACUGCUUAGUAUUUAAAAAAGCAUUAUUAAAGGAUAUUGUGCAUUA